UUACUGUCUGGAGCCUCCUCCCUCAUCUCCCUUACCCAGACAGAGGAGUUCUUUGACCUCAUAGCCAGUUCCCAGAGCCGCAGACUGGAUGACCAGAGAGCCAGUAUAGGUGACCGUCUGGGCAUCAGGAUAGCACAGAACAAUGUGGGACACUUGUGUGAUGCAUGUAGUCCACGGGAACCUAGUGAUGAGUUUUUCAACAUGCUCAUAAAGUAUCAGUCCUCCAGGAUCAAUGAUCAGAGGUGCUCUUUGCCACCAGCACCAGACCCAGAUGAAGACUUCUUCAGCCUUAUUCAGAGGGUGCAAUCCAAACGCAUGGAUGAACAACGGGUGUCUUUUCCUUCUGAUGAAAAGGAUGAAACAGACUUAAAUUAUAAGUCCAAACCCUCUGAGGGCUCAAGCUAGAGACUGUGGCACUUCUGAUGUGACUUUCACAAAGUCUUCUGCAAACUCUGACUCUCUGGCUGCACAUUUUAAGAGAUCUUCCAAGGCUGGGUUUAGGGGGGGCGUAAUAUAGGUUUAUUUUAAUUAGUGGGACUAUAUCGUGUUGAAGUGUUUCAUGUUUUUACAGUCACCCUGAGUUACCCUGAGGUGAAUCCAAACCCAACAGAUGUGAUUCAGAGGGAAUGGAAACACUCACAUGUUUGUAUGUACCAAUUGUUCUUUCACAAAAGUGUUUGUGCAGAUCUUAAGCAAAGCAACGCCAUGGAAAAUGAUUAACAUGAUGCUUUGCUUUCCAAGGAUAAUAUUACUAACUACUGUCACACAACACAAUAUAGAUCGGUGUGACAAACAACGACAGCACAUGAUCCCCAAACAGGUGCGUGUUCAUUUAACUCAAGUGUAAAGUGUGUUUCAGCGCACACUGAAUAUGAAUGAACUGAUACCCAGCAGAUGGGAGCGGUUGUAUCUGAAGCUGUAUGGCUCACGGAUCGGUUCAUGUGGUUGUCUAAUUCUGCUGAUAAGUAAUACUAAUAGUAACAGACUUCAUUCAGAAGACUUAAGAAAGGCUAAAUCCAUCUUUAGCAUUAAGUAAAUAAUUGUUAGUCUGUGAAAAGUGGAUAGACUCG